AUGGGUCAGCCAGAAUUCGAUAUCGAGGAGGAGAGAAUCCGUGAAUUGUCCAAAUACUACUGCACCUUCGAUCAGCAAGAUGAAAUUCCCACAAGCCCAGAUCUUAAACAAAUAGAAUCAGUCUCACGGGACACUACAAGAACAAUUCGUCUCUCCGCCGAUACCACUCUGACUGCACUGGCGCAACUGGGGGUUUAUCGCUUCGGAUGCAAUCGAUCCUUUGUUUCAAUCAUCGAUGGAGAACAGCAGCAUGUCAUUGCGGAAGCGACCGCGUCGAUUUCUCUACGAAACAAAGAUAGCCAUCGACCGAAUGAUGGUAUUUUCCUCGGUGCCACGACCUUGGAUUUGGAAUGGGGAGUGUGUCCGCAUGCCAUCCGGCUUUUCACUGGGCAGGAUACUUCACUGUUGCAGGACACGGAAAACAUAACGGCCGAUCAGACACGCAAUAUCAUUCGGGAUUUCACUAAAGAGGAUUUCUACAAAAACCGCCCGUAUGUGCUUGACUGGCCAUUCUUCCGCUUCUAUGCCGAAGUGCCGUUGUACAGCCCAUCCGGGUAUGUACUGGGCUCAUAUUGCGUGGUAGACGACAAGCCACGAGCGGGAUUUAGCGACGAAGAUAUUACUGCCCUCCGGGAAAUUGCCGACUCGAUCACAAACCAUCUGGAAAACGCGCGAAUUGUGCAGUACCAUCGUCGGUCUGAGAAAUUGGUCAAGGGAUUGACGAGUUUUGUUAGAAGCCAUUCGAAAUUUGACCCGAUCGGUUCCUCAACCCAAAGUCAGAUCGAAGCAUCUGCCAAGAAGCUCAAUUCGGAAGACUGGGACUUACCCGUCGACCGACCGGUCGACCGACGUGACAUGGAUGAAACCCUUGAUCUCUCAUCCACAAUAAUAGAUGCUGGUACCUGUUCGUCUGUCUGUGAAACAUCCCAAGACAGCGUCAGCGGACAUGAAGCAUCGAUAUUUUCUCGGAACCUUUGUUCCAGAUCAACCUCCACACUGCCAUCAUCUCUUUCCCAUGACUCCUCAAAAUGGGUGGAAACAGUUCCCUCCUACACGGAAGGAUCUUAUGAAUUAGCGGAUCCUGAGACUGUGCCACUCACCGAACGAAUUGCCGCGAUGUUUUCACGUGCUAGUGUCUUGCUGAAAGAAUCUCUGAAUCUUGACGGUGCGGUAUUUCUUGAUGCUCACCGCAACGACCCGCAAUUUGAACCCUCCGGAAAUCUCGACCAGUGGGAUGUCUUGUCGAAGGCUGACACAACGUCUUCCACGCUCUCAGCCUCCGGCUCUUUGGGCGAACCUGAUUCGAAUUCGUCAAACGAUGCAGAACAAUACUGUGGCUUGUUGGGCCAAGCUUAUAGCUGCGGGCCAGCUAACAGCAACACUACUUCAGAUCACCAAGUCAACCUGACAGAAGAUCUACUGCACUCAUUGAUUACACACUUUCCAGAAGGCCAAAUCUUCAAUGUGGACAGCAAGAUUCAGCCGGACAAUCUCGCAGACUUUGCAAAUGAAGAUUCAGAAACGCCUUCACACAGAUUGGAGAUCUAUCAGCAGAUAUCUAGACGUCUCGCUCAGCAACUUCCUUUGGCUAAAUGUGUGCUUUUCUAUCCUUUGUGGGAUUGGAACAAGUCACGAUGGCUUGCAGGAACAUUGGUAUGGGUGAAUGGAUCCAAGCGUCCGUUAGGCAUGGAGGACCUGCACUACUUCAAAGCUUUUGGAGAUUCUAUCAUUUCAGAGGUUUCUCGGGUACACUGGAUCGCCAGCGAGAACUCAAAAUUCGACUUUAUGACUUCUAUCAGUCAUGAGCUUCGGUCCCCACUACAUGGGAUACUCGCAAGUGCAGAGUUGCUGCUCGAUAUUCCGCUUCAGCCUGCGCAUCGUGAUAUGGUAAACAUGAUCUCGACCUCUGGACUCACCUUGUUGGACACAAUAGAUCACUUGCUGGACUACUGUAAAAUCAACAACUUGACAGCCACUCAAAGCCUCAAGACGAGCAAAGGCAAGGACGCUGCAACAAGUCUUGUUUCUGACUUCGACCUGGACUCUUUGGUAGAAGAGGUCGCUGUGAUACUGCACGCUGGUCGGAAAUGGUCCGAGCCUGUCUCGUCGCUUGCAAGUGAGAUUGCCACUGCACCCUUCCCCGCACAGGCUAAUAACCAGCAUGCUGGAACGCCAGAUGAACUAUCAGUGAUAGUAAGCAUCGACCAGGCCAGUUCCUGGAGAAUUCGCUCAGUUGCGGGUGCCUGGAAGAGAAUCGUGAUGAAUCUCCUUGGCAACUCGAUGAAAUGGACGCAGUCCGGUCUCAUUGAGAUCUCAUUAUCACACGCCGCAGCCCCCGCUUAUGCAGAUGAAAAUCUCGUUCAUCUCCGCGUUACAGACACAGGCCAAGGGAUUGGAACAGACUUUUUGGAGAAUUCGGCGUUCUCUCCGUUUGCCCAGGAGAAUUCGCUUUCAGAGGGUGUUGGUCUUGGGCUCAGCGUCGUGCACAAGCUCGUAAAGUUCCUUGGUGGUGAGAUCAAAAUCAAGAGCGAAAACGGCGUCGGUACCCAGGUUGACGUCUAUAUUCCUGCGCAACGUCCGAAGGAGCUUGUCGCUGUCAGCCCAGCUGGUAGCACCACCCCAACCGGAAGAAAGAGCCCUGAACGCUCUCUGAAGGCAUGUCUGAUUGGAUUCAACGGCUAUCCUGACUUGACAGAGACGCCGACUGGUAUUCUGAGUUCCGAUGCGAAAAGAAAGCUCUCCAUUCAGAGAACUCUUGCCAGUGUUUUCAAGACAAGGAUGGGAUGGGAAGUCGUCUUGGCAGAGUUGCUUGAGAAGGGUGAAGGCAACAUUGCGGUCAUCGAACAGGCGGAGUUCGAGGCUCUUCUCGUUGCUCAGCCAUCUUCUGGUUUGAACUGCGGUCAUCAAUUUGAGUCCUUUAUUGUUCUUGGCAGCACAACGCCCUCACUUGGAUGCUCUCUUCCUCCGAACGCCAUCCUAGUAUCACAGCCAUAUGGACCUCAGAAGAUCCGUGAAGCCGCCGAGAAAAUCGUGGAGUUGCGAGUAUCACAGCCCCAUGUUGAUGCUCCUCAGGCUACGACUCUGCCCAUAGUAACCAUCAGCCCGGAGCCUAUCCCUUCGGAGCCAAUUCCACAGAUCCUACCUGUAAGGUUAACGAAAGACCUACCGCAGGAGACUACAGUCGAGCUAGUCUGCCCACCUCCUCUACUUGCAGCCACGCCAAGUGGGCCAAAUGGCCGUAUCGCGGACAUGCAUGUUCUCAUCGUGGAUGAUAAUGAUAUCAAUCUCAAGAUUCUAGCCACCUUCAUGCAAAAGCUUGGAUGUAGCUACGACACCGCUUCUAAUGGUCUCAUCGCAUUGGAAACGGUCCAGUCUUCAAGCCGGAGAUACGACUUGAUAUUAAUGGAUCUAUCAAUGCCUGUAAUGGAUGGUCUUGUUUCGACCAACAAGAUCCGACAACACGAGAAGGAGCAAGGACUCCGGGCCUCCCGCAUCAUGGCUAUCACGGGCGUUGCUUCGGAGCCCGUGCAACAGGCAGCGGUAACCGCAGGCAUUGACGACUACUUGGUCAAACCACUCUCACUUUCUAAGCUGAAGAAGCUUAUGGAAACCAGCUUUUAA